UUUGUAUGUUUGCACGAGUGUAAUUUACGGAUGUUAGAUCAACUAUUUGAUACGAAGAAUUCUACCAAUUUAAUUCACUGUGAAUUUUCUAAGCAGGUUUUUUAAACCCUCAUAAAUUAUAGUCCACUGUUUGAAUAUGAAAAGGAACAUAUAAGAAAUCUGUGAUUUAAAUAAACGAUAAUACCCUAAAAUUGAUACUUCUAGUUACAAAUCUAUUUUAUAAUAAAUGUUACCAAAUUAUGAAUAGAAACAAGGAAGAGCUAAAGCAAAUUUCAUCUCGGAAGCCUUUCAUUUUGGUAUCUUCACACGUAAAUAUGGACAGUAGUAAAAUGUCAUCAGACGAUUCGCUUACUUCACAUGAUACACCUCCAUUUUUAUCUCACAUGUAUAUUGAUCAAAAGAUUCAUUCAUUCAAUAAUAAAUUUAAUUAUUUAAAACCAUAUUUAUCAAAAGGUUCCAGAGGAUCUUUACCUUAUACACUUAAUAUACCUGAGUCUAUACCGGAAGUUUCUGUUUCACCACGUCGUCAUUCUGUAUCAUUCAAUCUAGUUGAUAGUCACGCACGAAAUUCUUCUCAUCAUCAACGCUCAAGUUCAUCUUUACUGGACGAUAUCAUAAUUGAACCCAUUGAAUUCGAGAGAUGUUUAUCUCCUUUACGGGCAUGUGAUUUAGCUGCACCAUGUAGUAACACGUUCGAAGAAGUACUGAAAACACUUGAACAAGACAACCGCGAUGAUCGUUAUAGCAAUGAUGAAUUAAUUGGUUAAGAAGGCAUUGAUAUUCUACUGCGACAUCUGAUUUAUAUCUCUUCUUUGUAUAUAUAACGUUAUACCAAAAAGUGUUUGUUUAAAAUCAUAGAUGAAUACAGUUUACUUAUGGCCACCAAUACAUUUUAAUUUUUAUUGUCUUAUGUAGUCAGUAAUUAUUUUAUCAUGAAGUAUUGAAAGUAACUUCUGACAAAUCAUCCCUUCAGAUAAAAGUAAAUUAUUAAUCGAAAUAAAUUGGAGAACUACAAAAUUUUCAAAUAUCUGGUUGACAUUAAGAACAUUAAAAAUAUGACUUCAGCUAUUGAUCAAUUAUGAUCUUUAAGUUGGUAGUGAAAAUCGUCCAAUGUCAUUUAGUCCUACAGUUUACUGGAAAACUUUUACCGCACACUAACUAUUCCAAACUAUUAUGUUUUUCUGGUAGUUUAACAACGUCUUAUUGAUAUACUACUAUUUUUUGAUGAACAUAUACAAACGUUACGUGCGAAGAAAAAACAAACUACUCAGAUUACAUCUUAUUUUGUAGUAAACAUUUACUUCAUUACUUAUCUAAAGUGAAUGAGCUUAUAAAGUUACUGUAAAUCAAAUAAAGUCGUUACCUAUAUGAAAUAUAUAUAGAUUGUAAAAUGAUGUGACUGUAAAACAUUUUCCGGAGAGGUUAUUGAUUGGUCACUCAUGUUAAUUCAGC